AUGGGUGUGGAGCCAAUUCCUCAUGCAGAGUACCUGUGGCUUCAGGGCCUGCUUGAGUCCAGUCUCGUCCAUACCAGCUCCGUUGGACAGGAGGUGCUUCUGCACAUACCCUCCGCUGUGACUUGGUGGAUCAGAAAACACUCAGGUGCUACUGUCACUCACGAUGUCCACGAGGAGAAGACAGAAAAUAAUCAAACCCCACCUAAUGGCUUCUUGCCAAAAUCUGCUGCACCAGAGCUUAUGAAUAUGGCAGCAGAUGAUCUUCCACCCAAGCAAUUUGAUUCUGUGUCUGAUGACUUCACUAGUCUCAGCAAAGAUGACCUAACUGACAAACCUGGUAGUAAUACAGCUGAAAGAGGAACCCAAACCUGCAGUGUCUCCGUAGGUGAUUCAAAAGCCACAGUAAUGUCUUCAACGGGAACUGUGCCACAUACAUUGCAAAUAAGUCCUGCUAUGGCACAGAAAAUUAAUGAUGAUAUAAAAUAUCAAUUAAUGAAAGAAGUUCGGAGGUUUGGACGAAAGUAUGAAAGAAUUUUCACUUUGCUUGAAGGAGUGCAAGGACCUCUUGAGGUCAAGAAACAAUUUGUUGAAUUUACCAUCAAGGAAGCUACAAGGUUUAAAAGAGGAGUCUUAAUUCAGCAACUUGAGAAGUUCCUAGAAAAAGUAGAAUCCGACCGUCUUGGCAACGGAGUUAAUCACAAGAAAAACAGAUAAUUGUGUUGCAAAGAUGGAUGAGAA